GGCUCAACUUACAGCCGCUCUGAAACUCAAUGCCACGCCAUAAAGCCAGGAAAUAAGCAGGUAUUGUGAGAGACCCCCGCGUCUCUCCCUACUGUGUUGAUAUGGAACCAGAGUACCGGGGCCUGGGUCGCUGUACGGGCUGCUUCUGGCUCGCUGUAGCCUUUGACAUAGUGGGACUGCUGGUGCUUCUCAUCGGGGUGUUUGUCAACGUGUUUUUCUAUGACCUGCUCAUCUACGCGGGCGCCAUCGUUAUCUUCCUCAGCCUCAUCUGGUGGGUGUUCUGGUACUCUGGGAACAUCGAGGUUCCCCCGGCAGAGCUGGAGGAUGAUGUGGGGUUAUUGAAGAAGGAUAAGGGGGGGUUGAGCGGCGUCGUGAGGCGUCUUUCCACCAGGGUGUCCAGCAGCAUCAGGAACUCAUUCCGCAGGAACGGAGGACCGUCCCGCGCGCAGAGGUCAGCCACCAGGCAGACCGUGGCACCGCAGGGGGAGCAGGUGGCAGUCUCUAUGGCAACGGUGACCCCGCAUGAAGAUACCCCGCCAGCUACUGUCUCUACAGAGGCUGCCAGUGACGUUGUGUAGAGAUGCACACAGCUACAGAGACCUCACCUGCAUGAUGUAGGCCGACAGACACUGGAGUAGAUCCUCACAGCACUGAACUGAAGAGAGCUCGUCCUGCAGUGUCUUCAGCUGGCUCCAUUUGAUGCUCCACUUUCUUUUCUUUUUUUUUUCUUUUCUUUUUUACUGUUUGUGCGUUUAAUGAAUUAAUUCAAAUAAAUUGUGAAGCACUGUUGAGUCUGUACUAAAGACUUUGUUAAAAUUGUAUAUUUUCCUAUUAAAUGUGAUGUUUUUAAUGAGUAUGUCAGAUUUCUGUGUCUGUUUGAGAUGAAUACACAUUGUUAAAUAUCUAGGACAGGCCUGCGCCAUCAGUUGCAACGGUUGAGUCACACACACACACACACACACACACACACGCACACACACACACACACACACGCACACACACACACACACACACACACACACAGGAAAUUCUUUUUAAAUCACUAUUUAAUUUCACUAUUAGGAUAUGGCCUGCCACAUCCUUUUAAUCUAUUUAAGAGUGUCAGUUUAAAGCUUCAUCCACGCGUAGACUACAUAACUGAAACAGAGAAGACAGAUUUUAUGAUGAUUUAUGAUCAAAACUCUGGACAGGAAAACUUAAACUCAUGUAUAAAAGCGUCAAUAAUCAGGCUCCUCAGGUGCUCAGCUCAGGGUUUCUGGCUCAGUAACGCAAAGUGCGUCUACUGGGAAUUGUAACUGAGAUCAACAUGUGGAACUCUUUAUCCACACAACUCUAAAUGGACCAUGACUGGGAACAUUUUAAACUGUUUCUAAAGAGGGAUCAGUCAUGUAGUCAUGAGUGAUCUGCUGCUUGCUUUAUAAAACUUUUAUGGCAUAUUUGUGAGUUGUUUGUGUUUUGUGUUGUUUUUUAUGUACUUUUUGUUGAGUUUCAUUUUGUAAUGUGUGCAUAUGUGUUAUUGAGUUUUGUUUGUUGUGCUUAAAUGUGUGUGUAUGUGUAUUGUUGAAUCUCGUGCAGUUCCACAUGUAUUUCACUGUUUAAACAUGUAAUGUAAUGUAAUCAAUAGAUACGUCGAAGCUCAUUUGGGUCAACAGAGAGCUGCUGUGGAAAGAAAGGUGUAGCUGGCAGCAGGCUUUCUUGUUCCCACCCAUGAUGAUAAGAGCCUCAGUGUCUAACCUUUGGAACAGGCUGGCUUUAUUGUGCUGCUGUUUCCUCUGACAGUAGUUGCACUCUACUUCCAUACUGUCUGUCUGCACGAGACAUUCAUGUCAACCAAGUACACUUAACUUUUAAUGUGGCAUUACCAGAGGUUAAAAAAGUAUAUCGGCUAUACUUUAAUAAACAUAUCAAGAUAAUAUUCCAUUAAAUGUGACACAUUUGUUUUGCUACGUCAUAUUCUAAUGUUAUUCUACAUCAGUGUCUCAAUGAGGCAAUAUUAGCUGAGUUUGAGAUAUAGAGAUCAAAUUUCCUGGUGAGUAAUGUGAGUUUUACUGUUAUUUUUUCAUUUUAAUCUUUU